GAAUGCCUGGGAUUUGGCUGAAAUUCGACAUGCCUUGUUUGCACAGCAUUUGAAUCAGUCGACAUCGUGAGCUUGUAACAGUUCUAAAAAUAUAUAUAUUGUUCAGUGAGCUCCCGAAAAAAUCUCAAAAAAAUGCUUAAAAUAAUCAUAGAGAGAAAAUGUGGAAAGGUUUGUAAUCGUAAGGACAUAGUAAGUAAGCGUAUGACCAAGUGUCCUUUUUUUUUUUCUUUCGGAGUAGCCAGUGGAGUUCUGAAUGGCCUCUUAUUCGACUAUUUAUGACCUGAAAAAAAAGAUCGAGGAUCUACUAUCUACGUCUGAGGGGCAAUGUGUCCUAAUAUCCUCGAAAGGCAAGGUAUUAGAUGGCGAUCUUAUUUUUGAGGCAGCAGGUCUGGAGAACUGUGAUCCCAAGAAGAAACAAACGAUAACAUGUUUUCAAGGAGCUCAAAAAAUUGGAUCAUUAAUUGGUGAGUUUGGAAUUGAGACUGACUCCUCAGAAAAUUGCCUGGGUGUCGAUUGUGGUAACGAAUCAUUUGAAAGUGUAGAGACGUGUCCAGACAGCCAAGAAGUGUCACUAAACAAAAGCGGUAAGAGUUCAGAGAAUAUUUUGGAGUCGUUACAGGAUGCUUGCGGUAUUGCGGUUAAAUGUGAUAUGAAGCCCAGAGCUCCAUCAUCUGAAUUGGAUAAUGAAAUCACACUGCAGCAGGAAAAUGGAACGCCAGCUUUUGUAAGAAUUUUGCCCGAGAACAGGCAAUUUAUCAUCGUGGUUUUAUCCGAUUGCAAAGAAAGAAAUUAUUGCAAUUUGAUGAAUAUUUUUUUUCCACGCUUUGGGCUCUAUAGGAACGUGCGCUGCCUUAAGUUCAAUCCUGAAACUCCAGUCAUGGAAUUUGGUGGUAGGCUCUAUAUUGCAGCUGCCAAUGAUAAUACUAUGGAUUGGGUUUCGGAAACUCUCUGCUCAAUCAAAGGAUACCAGGCGGUUGAUCUUAUAACAUAUUUGCGCCUAUCACGAGCCAAAGUUGUUUGGCCAAACGUGCAGCUGUGUUUGGUUGAUGUGUUGAAGCUCCUUGACAAACAGAGCAAAGGCCUUAAAACUGAAUAAUGGGCCGUCGUUAGUGAAAAUAUAUUGGAUCCAUGUUCAGAAGAAAAUAUCACAAACAUCUGUCUAAAUCAUGAAGUUAUACUAUGGAUAGACUCUGUUAGUGUAGAAUUCAUAAAGAGCAAGUGCUAUCAACUGCACUACCAUUUCUGGAAGAUCACAUUUGAAUUCUGUUCAUAGAUGUCGCG